AUGAUUAAAUUAUUAAUUAAAGUGUUAUUGCAGGUGUACGAUUAUUUUGACAAAUAUACUUUUUUGUGCGAAAUGUAUGAUGCAGACGCUGAUGCCAUAAUCGAACUGGUGUUGAAUUAUUUUCCAUUCGAUAAUUCAUGUCAAGUAUUAAACGCAAAAAAGGGGCAUAAUCUUGUACGACGGGUACAGCUGCCAACUCUUAAACUAGAAAUGCUUCAAAUAGGGAAUAUUGUAAAUAUAUUUUCAAAAUUGUUGCUCAUAACAGACUGCGCUCCAGCUACACGGAAGACUUUGUUUAACAAAGUUGAAAGCACCUUCGCAAUGAUUAAACCCGUAUCACCAGAUAUACAUGGGAAAAUAAUAACUUAUAUAACAAAGAAAGGAUUCCGUAUUGUUCGAUUAAAAAACGGGAAAAUAAGUAAAGAACUUGCCAUGACAAUGUACAGCAAUAUUGCAGGAAGUAGUAUGCUUCCUAUCGUUAUUGACUACAUAACCAGUGGUGAAGUGGUAGGCCUGGAACUGGUGGGGCCCAACGCAGUGGUAGAAUGGCGCCGCUGUUUAGGAGCAACGGACCCGAUCGAUGCAGAGCCUGGCACCCUCCGUAGAAUGUACGGAGAAAAUAAACUCAGAAAUAUCGCCCAUGGUUGUCACUCAGGUGAAGAUGCGCGAAUGAUGCUGGAGCUAUUUUUUGGCUACGAUAAAGGAAUCCCGCGCGUGCCAUUCCGCUCAACUCUCACGGAUUGCACUUGUUGCGUUAUCAAACCACAUGCGGUUCUAGAUGGCAAUGUGGGAGCUAUCCUAGAACAAAUCUCCACUGCUGGAAAGUUUCACAUCUCCGCCAUGGCUAUGUUUUCCGUGAAAUUGCCAAAUGCUGAAGAAUUCUACGAAGUUUAUAAAGGAGUCAUACCUGAAUAUGAGGCCUCGUGUAUCCAUCUAGCAGAAGGAAAAUGUUUAGCGUUAGAAGUUAAGUGUACAGACACCAGCCUAAACAGCGUUACUGAAUUCAGAAAGCUAUGUGGACCACGAGAUCCGGAUUUAUGUCGUCAGCUGUACCCUGAUUCCAUUAGAGCCCUUUAUGGAAAAACACUAGUACAUAAUGCAGUGCAUUGUACAGAUCUACCAGAGGACGGCGAAACGGAAGUUGAAUACUUUUUUAAGCUAUUAGCUAAUGAAUGA